GACUUUGAUGUCAAAUGCGAGAAAAGUCAUCACACAAGCGCAGUGUUUGUUUUCGUUUCGUGCUGCGUUUGCCAAAAUUUUUUGGGUCAUCUUCGAUUUUCUGCCGCAGUUAGAAUUGACGAAACCGAUUCCCCAGAAAGGAGAAAUGGGAACAGACGACGUGGCCCGAAGCGAAAAGAUUCGUGAAGGUUUCCAAAUAAAUUGGCUGAUUUUGCGGGAUGCCGACACCGGCAAGAUUAUCUGGCAAGAGAACAAGGACUUUUCCUGUCCGGAUGUGGAACACGAGGCCCGGGUGCCGAUCAAGAUUCUGGACCUGAGGGCGGUCUCACGGGAGAUCAAUUUCAGCACCGUAGAAUCGAUGGAAAAUUUUCGAUUGGAUCAGAAGGUUCUCUUCAAGGGACGUAUCAUGGAGGAAUGGUUCUUUGAAAUGGGCUGGGUCAGUCCGAAUACGACCAAUACGUGGCAAUCGACGAUCGAAGCUGCGCCAGAAUCACAAAUGAUGCCAGCUAAAGUCCUCAAUGGAAAUGUGACCAUCGAAACCAGUUUCUUCGACGGCGAGACGCUCAUCAGUAAAUCGGUCGUGAGGUUGUAUUACACCUAAGAAGCAUUAUCGGAUAAGUAUUUAAGUCUAGUCGAGCGCCCUUCCCAAGUGUGCGUUUGAGCUGGUUGCUGCCAGAACUCCCAGGGAAGUUACUUUCGUAGAAGUAUGAUGAUAACGUUAAGAAAAUUACGACGCAAUCCCAUUUUUUUUGCCUCUAGAGCUUAGCGUGCACAUGCAGCAACACUAAAAAAGAUAACUCACUUUAAUCAUUUAAAAUUAAUCAAUACUGAGAAAAGGCAUUUAAUAGUGAGCUGCAAUCAAGUUCGACUAAAAUUCCGGCUGUUUCGGGAGAAGCACUACUGGUUGGCAUUUUUACAUUUACAAUAAGCGAGAUACGUUUAGGUUGUAACUAUGUUUUAUACGAAUCAUUUUUCCUGUUCAUAAAAUUGUAAGCAGUACAAAAUCUGGUUCGAUGUAAUCAAGUUGA